AUUUAUUUCUCUUCAGUAACUACUCUACACACAUACAACUACUCACAAUUUUAAAUAAGUAAAAAAUAUCAACAAAUUUUGGUAUCAAUUAGAACACAAAAUGAAUCCAGUAUGUGAACAAGGUGUGGUCGAUCUAUUGGAAAGUGCUGUAAACAGUAAACUUGAAAAUUUUGAAGUGGAAUUUCAUGGUGGCAAUGAAAAAGGUGAAGGUUUUCUAAGUGAGAUGACUUUUGUUUCUUUAAAAAACAAAAAAACCGGUGAAGAUUACAAUUUAAUUAUCAAAAUGGCUCGUUCUAAUAACGAAACUGGGUAUAGUAAGGAUUUCAUGACGUUUUCUUUUCGUUCUGAAAUCAAUUGCUAUACAAAAGUAUUUCCAGCUUUUCUUAAAUUUCAAAAAUUAUAUCCUGAAGUUAGAACUUUUGAUAAUUAUCCAAAAUGUUAUGCUACAUGUUUAGAAAAAGGAUUCGAAAAAUUUGCCCUCCAAAAUUUAAAAACUCAGGGAUACGAACUUCAUCCGAAAUCAAAAAUGAUAAAUCAAAAUUUAUAUGAACAAAUUUUUAAAAUGUACGGAGAAUUUCACGCUCUUUCCUUUGCUCUUAAGCACCACCAACCUGAAGAGUUUUCGAGACUAACCAAGAAUUUAACUAACAAUUGGUUAAAAUUUAAUGAAAGUGAUUACGCCAACAAUAUCAUUACAUAUUUUCUGGGAAAAAUUAGAGAAUAUUUGGAAGAAGACGGUGAAGAUAAAAUUAUUGAAAAACUGGAAAAAUAUAGAACAAACUUUGUCAACAUUUUUAACGAAUCUGUAUCGUGCAGUGUUUCUAAUGGUCUACUUUUACAUGGAGACUGUUGGAGCAACAACUUGAUGCUAAACUUUGAUUCAGCAGGAGAAAUCCAACACAUCAAAAUGAUAGACUUCCAAAUGAGCUACCUAGGAUCUCCCGUUCUUGACUUAAGUUACAGCUUAUAUUCUGGAGCUGGUAAAGAAACUUUAGAUAAUUUAGAAAAUCUAUUAAAACUGUAUCACAAUACUCUUAGUGAAACUCUGAUAAAAUAUGGCUGCAAUCCAGAGAAUAUCUACCCUUACAAAAUGCUCAAGAAGGAAUGGAAAGAAUGUUUCCGUUUUGGUUUUUUGUGUUCUUUAUUAAUUUGGGCGUUCAAAACAUCCACUGAUAUUUCAGAAAUGCCUACUGUAAGUGAUAUGAUGGAUGGAAUCAAUAAAGAAAAAAUAAAAAGUGAUUUUGGGAUAAAAUUUGAUAGAAAUUUGUACAAGAAAGUAACAUUAGAACUUAUUAAACACUUGUAUGAAAAUGAUUUUUUGUAACUCUAUGUAUAAUAAAUAUAAUAUAAUA